AUGUCUUCAGAUAGACAAUCUACUAACGAAUCGGAAAAGACAUUAAGUCUAGAGCCAUCCAUCCUAUCACGAACAUCUCCUUCGAAAAUACGAAAAUUAUUUGUAUUUGAAUCAACGAUUUCUAAUUUUGAAAAACAUCAAUACAUUACCAACUCAACAAACUCCGUCUCCACUUACUGGCUACUCUUAGAUAGUAAUAACAACUAUGAACGAGAUAUAGAAACUGACAGCAGUUAUGAGUUUCAAGGUCUUUGUCCAGAAAGGCCAAAAGACAUCAGAAAAACGCAGCAACAACGGUUGCAACAGGAACUGCCGCUAGCAACAACAACAAUGGAAUCAAAUUCGAACAUCAUCCAUCAGAGCAAAGGGGCAAGAAAUCUUUUAAACGAGAAAUGGAAAAAAUCACAGAAUAAUGAUAAUAGUAAAGGUAUGGACUUCGAUAUCAAGCAAAAUUCUUCAAAAGGAAAGAAACAGGGGAUGCAGCAAGAUACGCUAUUAACUCAACAAGCUCCUUCUUUCACUGGCUAUUGUUGUGAUGCAAAUUCCGUUCAAUCAACUCCUCGCAAUGGGAUGAGUAACAACAAUUACGAACGGGAUGACGAUAAUAUAGAAGUUAGUAACGGCUCUGAGUUUCAAAGUCCUACAUUCAGUAAAGCCAAAAUAUACCAGGAAAGCACACAACUACAGCAGCAGCAACAAUUGUAUCGAAUUCGAGAAUCAUCAUCAUCAUCCACGGGACAAAGGGGCAAAAAAUCGGCAAAUUAA